AUGGCUAAAAUGAGAGCCGAUUGCCAACAAAUGAAAACUGACUCCCAAUUGCUUCACUCCCACUCUCAAUCCAUUGCCAAGAUGGAAACCCAAAUAGGUCAGCUAGCUAAUGCUCUUAACCAUCGGGAUGAGGGUAGAUUACCGAGUCAGCUAGUGGCUAACCCACGAGGGAUGCACCAUAUUGACAAUUCGCAAGGUCACGAACAAGCAAAAUUAGUUGUCACCCUCAGAAAUGGGAGAGAAGUAAAGACCCGAUCGGAGGAGGUCAAAGCGAAAGAGAAAGUGUCUCCACCUGUCGCUGAGAGGUCUAAGGUUGAUAAGAGGUCUAAGGAGAAGGAGACCGAUUCAGUGUCCACAGUUGUUCCGGGGUUAUCUGAGACCCCAUCUUAUAUUCCUAAGGCACUUUUCCUCACUUGCCUUAAUGCACCUUCACCCUUUCGCAAGAAGGGGGCAAAACAAGAAGACAUGAUGGAGGUGUUCAAACAAGUCAAAAUCAACCUCCCUCUCUUAGAGGCAAUUAGUCAAGUUCCAGCUUAUGCUAAAUUUUUGAAAGACCUUUGUACCCAAAAGCGUAAGUCUAAGACACAUGAACCUAAGGAGGUGCGUCUCACUGAGCAGGUGAGCUCCAUUCUUAAACGUAACACACCCAUUAAGCAAAAGGAUCCUGGUGUUCCCAUUAUUUCAUGUGUUAUUGGAGAUCAUGUCAUUGAUAGAGCACUCCUCGAUUUAGGGGCCAGUGUCAAUUUGCUCGCAUACUCGGUAUAUGAACAACUUGGGCUGGGAGAGUUGAAACCCACAUCGAUUACAUUGCAAUUAGCUGAUAGAUCCAUUAAGGUGCCGCGUGGUGUGAUCGAGGAUGUCCUUGUCAAGGUAGAUAAGUUUUACUUUCCUGUCGAUUUUAUAGUUCUUGACAUGGAAGCAGUCCAUAAUCCCAACAAACAGAUUCCCCUCAUCCUUGGUUGA